AUAGGUAAAAGUUAACACGCUUUGGCUGUCGUCAAAUGUAAACUUCCGCCCAGGUGAUGUGAAGUUUCAAAAGAGGACUAACUCGGUGUAUUUUACUUUUAAUCUAAGUUUUACCCUUUUUAAUCGUAGAAAUAUACUUUUAAUUUGGAAAUUUACAUGUGUUCUUAAAUUUGUUCAUUCAUAAUGAGCGGAGCGGAGGCUGACAUUUCUUCCGACGGUGAGACGAGCUUUGAAGAUGAGGAUGUGCCCCUACCCCCGAGCCCAUUGAAGGAGGGGACUGAUGAGCCCUUUCGGGUGGUGUUGAAAGGGGGCAGUCCAUGGGGAUUUACGUUAACAAAUGGAAUGGAAUCUAAAGCUUCUGUUAUAAUAAAUGAAAUUGUUGAUGGUGGAAAGGCUUUUGACAGUGGGCAGCUAAAGGUUGGAGAUUAUCUCCUACAGGUGAAUGAGGUCAGAUGUUUAAAUCUACAAGUAGCCCAUGAACUCAUUGACAGUGCAUUUAGGACGCUCACAUUGUUAGUUUGGAGACAUAUUGUGCAAUCAACUAACCCACAAGCUAAGUAUAACACUUGUUUAUCACCAUCUAAUUCUGAUUGUGCAGGGGGUUGGGCAGGUCAGGGUGGGGGAUAUGAUUAA